AUGGAUUCUCUUCCUUCGGUAUCCCCUUCCACGGUUCUACCUUCAAGCAAUCCUUUCCGUCGCCAUCCUCGACGUCUUUCUCUCUUCUCUCGCCAUCCCCGUCUUCCUCCAAAACUCGUCUCUACACCUCGCUACCGAACAAGGAGGAGGAAGGAGUUGUUGUGCAACGUUGGCGUCAGCGGUGGCGGAGGAACCCUAGGUGGAGACGACGGUGGAAACGAGGAGGUGGAGAAAGCGCUUCACAUGGACGGCAAAAUUCCCGGCAGCUCCGACGAGUUCCUGAAACGCGUUUCCUCCCGUGCUUAUGACAUGCGCAGGAACCUCCAUCAGUCUUUCGAUUCUAGCAGCUAUGACGUUUUAGAUGACAACCCUUGGAGAGAAACUUCAAAGCCUGUGUAUGUACUCACCCAAAAGGAAAACCAAUUGUGCACGAUGAAAACCCGGAGAAAUAUUAGCGAAGUUGAGAGGGAGCUUGGCUUAUUGUUUUCUAAAGGAAGCAAAUGGAGAGCUGCAAUAGAAAAUCAGUCAAAACAAGAAAGGGGUGGGACAAAAUUUCCAAUGCAGGUAGAAGAUAUUAGAGAGGGAGUGCUGGUAUUUGAAGAUGAAAAUGAGGCCGCAAAGUAUUGUGACUUGCUGCAAGGAGGUGGUCAAGGUUGCGAGGGUGUUGCUGAGAUAGACGCCUCAUCGAUAUUUGAACUUUGCAAGAAAAUGAGGGCUCUUGCAGUUCUAUUCCGCAGAGGGAGGACACCUCCUGUACCCGAAAACCUCAAGCUUAAUCUGCGAGCUCGAAAACGGUCACUUGAGGACCAAGAUGAUUUGAUAUGA